AUGUCCACAGAUACAACGGUUACUAACGAGACAGACAAUUUCCCACUUGUAGACGAUGAAUCACAAGGAAGUUCGAUAGAUACAGGAGGUCGGAUUCCUCGUCCAGCACAACCGUUACCGCGAGACGAGUCUGAUGAUCAAGAAGAAAAAGCACGACUAAUCUCCCAAGUUCUCGAACUUCAGAAUACUUUGGAUGAUUUGAGUCAGCGUGUUGAUAGCGUCAAAGAAGAAAGCCUAAAAUUACGAUCUGAAAAUCAGGUACUUGGGCAGUACAUCCAGAAUCUUAUGGCUUCAAGUGCCGUAUUUCAACCUGCUCAAUCAAAGGCACCGCAAACCAAAAACGAAAUGUUUGGAGCAUUCUUUUGGUGA